AUGGCCCACAGGAGAGGCGGCACACGGAUGGCCUGGCUGCCCAUCCUGGUGGCGUCCCUGGCAUGCUGGGCCGGAGCGGAGGACGCCACCUGCGGCGAGAACGAGUUCUACAACCAGACCGCGGGCCUGUGCCACGAGUGUCCCCCGUGCGGGCCGGGGGAGGAGCCCUACCUGUCCUGCGGCUAUGGCACCAGAGACGAGGACUAUGGCUGCGUCCCCUGCCCCGCGGAGAAGUUCUCCAAGGGCGGCUACCAGAUCUGCCGGCGCCACAAGGACUGCGAGGGCUUCUUCCGGGCCACGGUGCUGACGCCGGGGGACACGGAGCACGACGCCGAGUGUGGGCCCUGCCUGCCCGGCUACUACAUGUUGGAGAACAGGCCUCGGAACAUCUACGGCAUGGUCUGCUACUCCUGCCUGCUGGCGCCCCCCAACACCAAGGAAUGUGUGGGAGCUGUCUCGGGAGUCCCUGCCAGCUUCCCGCGCACGCCCGGCAGUAGCACCCUGUCCCCGUCCCAGCUCGUCCACAAAGAGCUCUUGGGCCAAGGACACCUGGCCACGGCCCUGGUCAUCGCCAUGUCCACCAUCUUCACCAUGGCCGUCGCCCUCGUCCUCAUCAUCAUGUUCUACAUCCUGAAGGCCAGGCCUCCCGCCCCAGCCUGCUGCCCCAGCGCCCCCGUGAAGAGCCCGGAAGCCCCCGUGAGCCAGGAGGAGGAGAAGAAAGCGGCCCCAGACAGCGUGGUGAUGUUCUCCGAGCAGGACGAAUUCGAGAAGCUGACGGCAGCUCCGGCGAAGUCGGCCAAGAGUGAAAACGACGCCUCAUCGGAGGAGGAGCAGCUGCUGAACCGGAGCCUGGACAGCGACGAGGAGCUGGCCCCCGACGGGCAGGGCCCCUCAGAGCUGUGCCCGCUGUCGCUGGUCCACCUGGCCAGGGAGAAGCCGUCCACCGCCACCAAGGCGGCCGGGAUUCAGAGUCGAAGAAAGAAAAUACUGGACGUGUAUGCCAAUGUGUGUGGCGUCGUGGAAGGCCUCAGCCCCACGGAGCUGCCGUUCGACUGCCUGGAGAAGACCAGCCGGAUGCUCAGCGCCACGUACAACUCGGAGAAGGCCGUGGUGAAGACGUGGCGCCACCUGGCCGAGAGCUUCGGGCUCAAGCGGGACGAGAUCGGGGGCAUGACGGACGGCCUGCAGCUCUUUGACCGCAUCAGCACGGCCGGCUACAGCAUCCCGGAGCUGCUCACCAAGCUGGUGCAGAUCGAGCGGCUGGACGCCGUGGAGUCCCUGUGCGCAGACAUCCUGGAGUGGGUGGGGAUCCCACCGCCCGCCGCCCCGCCGCCCCCGGCGUCCUGA